CUCAGAUCCCAGCUACGUUCACGAAGCCGUGGUGGUCUGGGUUGAAGACAUCAGGGACAAGAACUUCACAAUUUGCGUUACACAGGCUGGGAGAAAUGAGAAGAAAAAUGGACAAGAACUUGCCACAGUUGACUGGUUAGCAUACCAAGGGGCCCCUGACGGGGGAGUGUCGGGUGAAAUGGACAUGCCGACUUGGUGGACUGGAACGAACUGUCGUGCAGUGUCCUUACCUUGGAGUAAGUUUAAAUCUGUUCCCACUGUGCUUGUGUCAGCGGAGCAUGAAAGGCGUGGUGUAAAACAUGAUGCUUCUUCUGUGUGGGUAGAAGAUGUUACAACGUGGUCCUUCAAGAUGUGCAUCAGAGAAUUACAGAACUUUGAUGGAGCUCACCAAAGCAUCCGCGUUGUAAGCAAUUUUCAGUUAUUUGCAUUUGUUAAUAUAUCUGGUAUAGUUUCAGUAUCGCAUACAUUUUUCCGCUCGUGGAGGGGGACAUGGGGAUUGGCGGUGCUGCGGUGUUGAUGUUUUUUUUUUUAAUGCGGUGAUGCGGUGAAUAAAAUCUCAACUUGCGGUACUGCGGUGAUCUCCAACCCUACGGUGUGCGAUGUUUGUGUUUUUCACGCUGCGGUGUUCGGUGAAAUAAAAUUGUUUG